CUGGCUACCAAGCACAGUUGGCCUUCCCUUUGGGAACACGCCUUCGGUCAACAGGGAAGAUCCGGCAAGGCGCUCUCCCAGCUCUGAUCCGGCCCUUUCAAAAGGAAGAAAGGUGACACCAGCAUCCCUGCCUCUCUCCACACAGUUUCGAACAUGCCUCCUCAGCUGCAUAAUGGUCUGGAUUUCUCUGCCAAGGUCAUCCAGGGCAGCCUUGACAGCCUGCCCCAGGCAGUGAGGGAGUUCGUGGAAGGCAAUGCCCAGCUGUGCCAGCCGGAGCAUAUCCAUAUCUGUGAUGGCUCCGAGGAGGAGUACGGGCAGCUGCUGGCCCACAUGCAGGAGGAGGGUAUCAUCCGCAAGCUGAAGAAAUAUGACAACUGUUGGCUGGCUCUCACUGACCCCAGGGAUGUGGCCAGAAUCGAAAGCAAGACGGUCAUCAUCACCCAAGAGCAGAGGGACACAGUGCCCAUCCCCAAAACUGGCCUUAGCCAGCUGGGCCGCUGGAUGUCUGAAGAGGACUUUGAGAAAGCAUUCAACGCCAGGUUCCCAGGGUGCAUGAAAGGUCGCACUAUGUAUGUCAUCCCGUUCAGCAUGGGGCCUCUGGGCUCGCCCCUGGCCAAGAUUGGUAUAGAGCUGACAGACUCACCCUAUGUGGUGGCCAGCAUGCGGAUCAUGACCCGGAUGGGGAUAUCCGUGCUGGAGGCCCUGGGCAGCGGGGAGUUUAUCAAGUGCCUCCACUCCGUGGGAUGCCCUCUUCCCUUAAAGAAGCCUUUGGUCAACAACUGGGCCUGCAACCCGGAGCUGACCCUGAUUGCCCACCUCCCGGACCGCAGAGAGAUCAUCUCCUUUGGAAGCGGAUACGGUGGGAACUCACUGCUUGGGAAGAAGUGCUUUGCCCUGCGGAUCGCCAGCCGGCUGGCUAAGGAGGAAGGGUGGCUGGCCGAGCACAUGCUGAUCCUGGGAAUAACCAACCCUGAAGGCAAGAAGAAGUACCUGGCAGCAGCCUUCCCUAGUGCCUGCGGGAAGACCAACUUAGCCAUGAUGAACCCCACCCUUCCUGGAUGGAAAGUUGAGUGUGUAGGUGAUGACAUUGCCUGGAUGAAAUUUGAUGCCCAAGGCAACUUACGGGCUAUCAACCCAGAAAACGGUUUCUUUGGAGUUGCUCCAGGCACCUCGGUGAAGACAAAUCCUAAUGCCAUUAAGACCAUCCAGAGGAACACCAUCUUCACCAACGUGGCCGAGACUAGUGAUGGGGGUGUUUACUGGGAAGGCAUUGAUGAGCCGCUGGCCCCGGGCGUCACCAUCACCUCCUGGAAGAACAAGGAGUGGAGACCACAGGAUGAGGAACCAUGUGCCCAUCCCAACUCAAGAUUCUGCACCCCUGCCAGCCAGUGCCCCAUCAUUGAUCCCGCCUGGGAGUCUCCGGAAGGUGUGCCCAUUGAGGGCAUCAUUUUUGGUGGCCGUAGACCUGCAGGUGUCCCCCUUGUCUACGAAGCUCUCAGCUGGCAGCAUGGGGUGUUUGUAGGAGCAGCCAUGAGAUCAGAGGCCACAGCUGCUGCAGAGCACAAGGGCAAGGUCAUCAUGCACGACCCCUUUGCCAUGCGGCCUUUCUUUGGCUACAACUUCGGCAAAUACCUGGCCCACUGGCUGAGCAUGGCCCACCGUCCACCGGCCAAGUUGCCCAAGAUCUUCCACGUCAACUGGUUCCGGAAGGACAAAGAUGGAAAGUUCCUGUGGCCGGGCUUCGGCGAGAACUCCCGGGUGCUGGAGUGGAUGUUCAACAGGAUCGAAGGGGAAGACAGCGCCAAGCUCACGCCCAUCGGCUACAUCCCUAAGGAAAAUGCCCUGAACCUGAAAGGCUUGCGGGACAUCAACAUGGAGGAGCUAUUCGGAAUCUCCAAGGAGUUCUGGGAGAAGGAGGUGGAGGAGAUCGAGAGGUACUUGGAAGAGCAAGUCAAUGCCGACCUCCCCUAUGAGAUUGAGAGGGAACUCCAAGCCCUGAAACAGAGAAUCAGCCAGAUGUAAUCCUAACUGGGGGGACGUCUUAGGAGUCACCACUUCCCACCCGGAGCAUGCGCAGGGAGCCGGCCCCAGCUUUGAGAUAACAGCCACAAUGCUGAGUAGAUCAGAAAGGCAUCUUUAGUAGUCAGUACUGAAGAGUACCACAGAGAACAGACUAGGGACAAAUACGAUUGGGAGGGGAAAUCAAGGCACGCCCUCCAAAGUUUGCACCUGGCCGAGGUGCAGGCUUUGGUUCCACUUCAAAGUCACUCAGGAAUCCAGUUUCUCACUUUAGCUGUAGCAGUUAGCUGAGAUGCACAGAAAACAUACUUGAGCUGUAUAUACGAGUGUGUGUGUUUGUGUCUGUGUGUGUGUGUGCAUGCAUCGUCCCAUUGUCUACAAGAUAUUUAAUAGCUUUGGAAAAUCUUGGGCAAGUUUAUCUGCAGUUGUAACAGACUUGUUGCUUUGUUGCUAGUAUGUAUGUUUAAAUUAUUUUUAUACACUACCCUCACUUACUUUUCUUGACAUAAUUAAAAUAGGUGUCCUGACCACUUCUUGGGGGAAAAAAAGUACAAAAUAAACUUUUAUAGAAAAAGUGGA